GUUCUUCUCAUUCUGCUCCUUGGAUGGUCGUACGGUAGGUUGUGCUGUUAGAUGCCCCGCCAGAUUUAUUAUUAUUUCGGAUGAGCUGCUUGUGUGGUAGUAGUGGACAGCAAUGCGUAGGGUGAUCAGCUUGUAUCUGAUGCACAUGUCUCUGGCCAGGGCCUAGGUACUGUAAGCACUAGCUGUUUGCGGUUCUGCAUUGCAACAGUAACCCUGCUGUGCGAUUCGGUGCAUCGGAUAUGGCAGUCCUAUAUUGAGUAUAGUUUUGAAGUGUUGAAUAGACAACCUGCGUAGGGUGAUCGGCCUGUAUCCGAUGCACACGCGUGGCCAGGGACUAGUUGGUAGUAGAUGUCUGUGAUUCUGCAUUGUAACAGUCAUGCCGCCGUGCAAUAUGGUGCAUCGAAUAUGGCGAUCCUGUGUUGGAAUCGUUUUGAAGUGUUACACUUGCUGCUGAAAAUGAGAGUGGAUAAGUUUUUCUUUUUAUGUGGAUAAUUUAGUAUUAACUGUUUGUUGCCUUUUUUUGUGUAAGUGACACUGAUGAUUGGUUGCGGUGCAUGCCGACAAUCCGUUCAGGCGCCAGUGAGCUGUUUUCUGGUAGUACGUAACGUAUGGCCCUAUUUGGAUGGAUUCGAUUCACCGACUUUGUAGUAAUGGCUCCUGCGCACAGUCGUUUAGUUUUGUGCAUAUAUUCAUGGACUGCAUGCAAACAUGGUGAGCACCGAGCACUGGAGGCAUAUUGAUUCUGUCAAGUCCGUUGGCAAAAAUUCUUCCCAUACUGAAGAUGGCUCAGUGAAUAUUUACCCUAUAAUGCUAAGAGUCUCAGUCACCCAAGAUAAUGCACUUACAGUGAAGGUCGGCAAAAAGGACAACUCGUCAGAGAACUUUAGGAGAGCAAACAAGAUUCUGACCGCAGACUCCGAACCGGUUCACAUAUGGGAUUUCUCUGGGCGAACAACAUACAUAUUGAUGAAUGCAUGGAACCGAAUGCCCCAUGACUCAAAGUAUGACUCAAAGUCUGCAGAUCAUGAGAUGCCUCUAGAAAUACACAUUUAUGAUUUGUCAAAACCUGUGGCCAAUGGUGCUGAUGGGAAGAGAGAUGGGCUAGCAUUGACAUUGGGUGGUUCGGUUUUUAGCAAUGGCAGUAUCACAGACAUGGAUCUGGAUUCAUCAAGUGGAAGAUCUAAGCAAGUUGGCUCUGGGUUAAGAGGAUUAGAUAAUCUUGGAAACACAUGUUUUAUGAACAGUGCAGUCCAAUGCUUGGCUCAUACUUCAAAGCUGGUCGACUAUUUCCUUGGCGAUUUCUGUAAAGAAAUAAACACACAUAAUCCACUGGGGAUGAAGGGGGAGCUCGCAUAUGCAUUUGGCGAUUUGUUGAGGAAGCUAUGGGCUAUUGAUAGAACCCCAAUCGCGCCACGCCAAUUCAAGGCCAAACUUGCUCGCUUUGCCCCCCAAUUCAGUGGCUUUAACCAGCAUGAUUCACAGGAGCUUCUUGCUUUCCUAUUGGAUGGACUCCAUGAAGAUUUGAAUCGUGUUAAAUGUAAACCAUAUUCUGAAGCAAAAGAUUCAGAUGGUCGUCCGGAUGAAGAGGUUGCAGAUGAGUACUGGGGCAACCAUUUAGCCCGAAAUGAUUCUAUCAUAGUUGAUAUCUGCCAGGGUCAAUACAAGUCAACGCUAGUCUGCCCUUUAUGCAAGAAAGUUUCUGUAACAUUUGACCCGUUUAUGUAUUUAUCUUUGCCCCUACCUUCAACAACAAUGAGAACAAUGACAAUAACUGUCUUCAGCACUGACGGGACUACGGGACCAUCUCCUUACACUGUCAGUGUGCCAAAAUCUGGAGAUACGAGGACCCUUAUCAAUGCAUUAAGCAACGGUUGUUCGUUGCGAGACGAUGAGCGCCUCCUGGUUGCUGAGGUCUACAAUAAUUCCAUUAUCCGGUACUUGGAUGAACCUUCUGAAGUCAUCUCCUUGAUUAGAGAUGGAGAUCGUUUGGUUGCAUAUAGACUUCCAAAAGACAGUGAAGAUGCUCCUAUUGUGGUCUUCAGAAGCCAGCGUAUGGAGUCGUCCCUCUCCAGUUUCGGCAGGAAGUCAUGGAAGACUUUUGGCACCCCACUCGUGUCAAGCCUUCCUGAUGAUACAGUAACUGGAAGUACUAUCUGCGACCUUUUCCUGAAGGUUAUGACUCCAUUCAGAGUAUCAAAGGAUGAUGUUUCAGAUGCAGAUGAAAGAAUUGGCGAGAGCAGUCUGGUUAAUGAAACUGCAGAUACGGAUAUGAGCACUGAUACCUCAGAGCAGACCAGCUUAAACAACAAUACUCUUGAGGAUGAAACAGGGACUGAAGAUGCAAUGCAAUUUUUCCUGACUAAUGAGAGGUUCCCAGACCAGCGCAUGAAGAUCGAAAUGGAUCAACCCAUUACCGUGAAAGGUCCGCUGAAGUGUCUGCAUGUGGUUGUGUGUUGGCAGGAUGAUGGACUGGAGCAGUACAAUCUUAGUUCUUUGGAUUCUCUUCCAGAGAUUUACAAAGCUGUGUUAUUUUCAAGGAGACCGCAGGACACAUGUUCUCUAUAUGCAUGCCUGGAAGCUUUUAUCAAGGAAGAACCAUUAGGCCCAGAAGACAUGUGGUAUUGCCCAGGUUGUAAAGAGCAUCGGCAGGCUAGUAAGAAGCUAGACCUUUGGAGGUUACCGGAAAUCCUUAUAAUACACCUUAAAAGGUUUUCGUACAGCCGGUACACAAAAAACAAGCUGGAGACGUUUGUGGACUUUCCGAUUCAUGAUCUUGACCUGUCAAAGUAUAUCGGUCACAGAUGCCAACAGAUUCCCCACAAUUACCGACUGUAUGCUAUCAGCAAUCACUAUGGAAGCAUGGGUGAUGGUCACUAUACAGCUUAUGUUUAUGAUGAAAGGAAAAAAGGGUGGUAUGACUUCGAUGAUCGUCAUGUGGGUCCUAUAACCGAGGACAACAUAAAGACAUCGGCAGCGUAUGUCCUUUUUUACAGGAGGAUACAGGAGGAUAGCUUAGAUACAGGUACAGACAGAGAUUCUGAUAUUCCAACUUGAGGCGGCGGUGGUGGCGAUUUUUGAGCCCAGUCCCCCGGGACAGUGUAUAGUUCAUUGGUUGGGGGACAGUUCUGGUGCAAAGGAAGAGGAGAUAGAAAUAGAAAUAGAGGCGGAAGAGAGAGUAUUGGUUCCAGACAGUGAAGGGUCUACUGUUUCCAGCUGCCCGAAUGAGGUGGAAAUGCACCGCAGGAAGGCUGUUGUAGGCUGAUAUCAUACAUGUUUCUGACCCUAGAUGUUGUAGGGUUCAGAGGGAGAGAGAACUUAUCCUUGUAGUCCCAUACAAAUCCCAGUUUUUCCCCACCUUUAACAUCUGUAAUUGAUGGUGGUAAUUUUUGGCUCUUGACAUGAGAAAAAAAAAUCAACCCAGAUAGUCAACAGUUGUGGUACCAGCAUUGUUGGAA